GCCUUCUGGGGAUGACUGCAGGUCGAGGUGCACCUGGGGGACCCGCACAGUCCUUUGAAGUGAGGCUGCCCAGCUCUCAGGCCGUGCAGAUGGGAAACACCCUGGUGUGUUUUUCUGUAGAGGGAACUCUUGAGGGUUUUCAGAGUGUUGGUCUGGAAGUUCAGGUCUUGCACCACGAUUUUUGUGUAAGCAUAUUGCAGCUCAGUCUCUUGGUCCCACCACACCACAGUUUGUGUGGUCACUGUUCAGUGGAGGAAACAUGGUUUUCAGGAUGUUGGUCUGCAGGAUGGAGCCCCUCUGGUAGGAGUUGAAAGUCUCCUAAAGGGACAAUUCUUGGAGCCUCCUGUGAGGAGAGAGGUGAAAACACCUUGAUUUCUCAAAUAAAACCAUAAAGACUAUGUAGCCUGUGUGGUACAGUGCUACAUCACAGAGAAGCAAGGAAAGCAGCAGCUACUGUUUCUUCUCCAGUGUUAACUGUUGGGGAUGUACACUUCUAUAACUUGAUGUUUAUUUAAAGAUGUACACUCUGUAUGUUUAUGUAAGCCUAGAGAUAAAUGUGGAGGGCUACAUAACCAGCAGGACACGGUGGUGGUAAGGGGAGACUUACUGGCUUUUUCUAGAUCUAUGUCGCUAUCAAUAUUUGUGCAAACAUGGGCGUGGGCUUCUUUGGUGAGAACUUCCUUAGUGGUUCUCCAAUCCAUUCCUCCAGUCCCAGUGUACCCCCCCUGCAUGCCCGGAGUGCCACAGCCUUCAUCUGUUCUCAUUCAUAUCUGUUCAGAGCUGGACCUGAUGCUGCCAGUCACCCUCCUCUCUGUUCCCAACCUGAAAAUGGGUACAUGUGCAAGUGGCAGGACAAGAAAGGAAAGUUUAUUUUUUUAAAUUAAUUCUUGAAAACAUUCUUGUUUAGAAUUUGGGAUAGAGGGAGAUCCUACCUUAUUCUUGUUUGUCCUUUUCUCUUGUAGGACUGGCGUGCCCCUGAUCAGAGUUAUUCUGAUCUGAAGAAUUUGGUGUUUAAAGCAUUAAGAUAAUAGCCUGAGUUGUUCAUGGAGUUUUUCAUCAGUAUGUCUGAAACCAUUAAGUAUAAUGACGAUGAUCAUAAAACUCUGUUUCUGAAAACGCUAAAUGAACAACGCCUGGAAGGAGAAUUCUGUGAUAUUGCUAUUGUGGUUGAAGAUGUGAAAUUCAGAGCACACCGGUGUGUUCUUGCUGCCUGCAGCACCUACUUUAAGAAGCUUUUCAAGAAGCUUGAGGUUGAUAGCUCUUCAGUAAUAGAAAUAGAUUUUCUUCGUUCUGAUAUAUUCGAAGAGGUCCUGAACUACAUGUAUACAGCAAAGAUUUCGGUGAAAAAAGAAGAUGUUAACUUAAUGAUGUCAUCAGGUCAGAUUCUUGGUAUCCGAUUUUUGGAUAAACUCUGUUCUCAGAAGCGUGACGUAUCUAGUCCUGAUGAAAAUAACGGCCAGUCGAAAAGUAAAUAUUGUCUCAAAAUAAAUCGCCCCAUUGGAGAUGCUGCUGACGCUCAGGAUGACGAUGUGGAAGAAAUUGGAGACCAGGAUGACAGUCCCUCUGAUGACACAGUAGAAGGCACCCCCCCGAGUCAGGAGGACGGCAAGUCGCCCACGACGACGCUCAGGGUUCAGGAGGCAAUCUUGAAAGAGCUGGGGAGUGAGGAAGUUCGAAAAGUAAAUUGCUACGGCCAGGAAGUAGAAUCCAUGGAGACCCCAGAAUCGAAAGAUUUGGGGUCCCAGACUCCUCAAGCCUUAACAUUUAAUGAUGGAAUGAGUGAAGUGAAGGACGAACAGACACCGGGCUGGACGACGGCUGCCAGUGACAUGAAGUUCGAGUAUUUACUUUACGGCCACCAUCGGGAGCAGAUUGCCUGCCAGGCGUGCGGGAAGACGUUCUCGGACGAGGGCAGGUUGAGGAAGCACGAGAAACUCCACACGGCCGAUAGGCCGUUUGUUUGUGAAAUGUGCACAAAAGGUUUUACUACACAGGCCCACCUGAAAGAACACCUAAAAAUCCACACGGGGUAUAAGCCCUAUAGUUGUGAGGUGUGUGGAAAAUCCUUCAUCCGUGCCCCAGACUUAAAGAAGCACGAGAGAGUUCACAGUAACGAGAGACCAUUCGCGUGCCACAUGUGUGACAAAGCCUUCAAACACAAGUCCCACCUCAAAGAUCAUGAACGAAGACACAGAGGGGAAAAGCCUUUUGUCUGUGGCUCUUGCACCAAGGCGUUCGCCAAGGCAUCGGAUCUGAAAAGGCACGAGAACAAUAUGCACAGUGAAAGGAAGCAGGUUACCCCCAGUGCCAUCCAGAGUGAGACCGAACAGUUGCAGGCAGCAGCGAUGGCCGCCGAAGCGGAGCAGCAGUUGGAAACAAUCGCCUGUAGCUAGAGGUGAUGGGACAGGACCAUUUUGCCUGAGCCCUGGAGACUGCACUGUUCAUAAUACAUGAACGCCAGUCACUGUACUUUUGUGGAAACUUAUGGAGCAUUGUACUCACUGGACUUAAGGCAGUGCUUGGUUAGGUAUUUUUAAAACUUUGCAAGGAAAUAGUGUUCCUUGGUUCUGACCAAACAGUCUCACUGUCCCGUCUGGUGUCUAGUAGUAAUGUUGCCAGUAAGCCCUCCCCCACCCUCUCUUUUUUACGAUUUUAAUUUGAGAACUCCUGUGUCCAGUUCAGAAGUGAGAGACUUCUAUUCCAUUUUUAAUUCCUCUGUACGCUUGCCGCACCGGCAUGUGUACUGCACAGAGUGAUAAUUGAGUAAAUUGAUUUCCUAAUCAUCACGCUUAUACGGGACUUAUGGUCAAAACAGCAUUUUUAAUAACUUAAUAAAAGUACUUCUUGUAGAUGCAGAAAAUACUGGUGGGUGGUUGACCAAGAACACCCCCGCGGAUAUGAAAACAAGUUCCAGAAUUGCAGAACGGUAUUAGAUUUAUAUUUGGUUUGUUAAUUUUGUAUCACUGUUUUUCACUGUUUUUGUGGACAGAUAAUGGUUGCUUUGCUAAAGUGCUUCUUCAUUUUGAUUGCCCACACCCCACCCCAAAAGAUGUAGUCAGAAGUCCCAAACAAAGGCUAAGCAAACCCACAGGGAUGACGAUGGUCUGGGGGCUGAGUUCUUUCUGUUCCUCUUUUUUGGAGCAUUGCUGCUCUGCAACAGAUGGGGUUUGUGGGAUAGACCAGUUGUUAGAGGGAUAGCAAAGGGGGAAUAGGAUCCUGGCUCUCAGGGACAAGGUUUUCACGUUUGCAACAAUUCCAAGAUUUUCUAGAUCAAAAUAAUUCUUAAUUGAUUUUGAAAUUGGAUUUUUAUUUAGGAUCAAAAUUAGGACAAGAAUAGGUAUGCUUCUUCAGAUACACUUGUGUCACUUAAGAGAAUGUCAUCAAGCUUUUGGGCUCUCUGCAGCACAUGAUUUAUCCAUAAAGGAGAUGUAAUAUCGUUACUUAAAUUAAUAAAUGGAAAAUCUUUUUUAAGUGUGUAAAUAGUGUAGAAGUGUUGGUCUUAUGUAUUUCAAGUAAAAGUAGACAGCUGCACCUUUUUUUGCACAUUGGAUUAAAAUAACUUCCAUGAGCAGCAAACAUCAGUCUGUUUUUUAACCAAUAUUAAAGAUUGUAAGACCAAAUGUUUAUUUUUUUGAAGUAUAUUUCAUCAUUGGUGGUUACAGUUUUAAGUAGAAUUUGAUUACCAUUUCAUACCCAUAAACAGAAUUAUAAACACUUCCAAUUUUGGUGUAUGAAAAGUUUUUUUUAACCAUUUCUUUAGGAAUAUAUUGGAAUACCAAAAUAGUUUGAAUUACUUUCUGUAACAAAGUAUUAGUCAAUUAUUUCAGAAUGUACAAUUUUAGAAAAAUGUCAUUUUUUAAAACUUAUGUUUGAUUCCUAGGAAUUUUUUUUUUCAAGUUACAUUAAAAUAAUUUCAUUUCAUAGCUUGUUGCAUUAACACCUGUAAUUACUGUUGUGGGAGAAAUUUUAUUUUUUAAAUUGAUGUAUAUGUUAUGCCCAAGAUUGUAGGAUGAAGAUGCUACCUUUUAAAGAGACUUAUUUAUUGGUAAAAUGUUUACUUUAAUUUAAUUUCCUUUCUUAAAAGUUGUUUAUUCUGUCCUAAAAGUAGUCCUGUCACUGUGUUUAUAUGCUAUUAGUGGAAGGGGGACUGAUUGGCGUUCCUUGGCUGUUUUAACCAAAGCAAAGGAGAAAUAAUUUUCACAUCUUGUUGAUAGCUCCUUCAACAAACCACUUUUUGGGACUUCAUUUUUUGUAUAUAAAAGAAAAUAUACUUCUAUCA